AAUCAGAUUUUCUGACAAGGAAUAAUCUCUUUUAACUUGUAAAGUGAGAGAAAAGUGAGGAAAAAAAAAUCUCAUUUAUCCUCAAAACAAGUUUGAGAUCUCUUUUAUCUGCGUUUGGUGUGUGUGUUGUUCUUGCCAUUUUAUAGCUACUUUCAUGAAGGGUUGAGCUAAUAAAAGCAUUGAAAUGGAGAAUUUGAUUGGAACAAGAUUGUAUUUUUGCUUUAAUUGUAGAAACCAUGUUGCCGUUCAUGAUGAUGUUAUUUCAAAAACCUUUCAGGGAAGAAAUGGAAGAGGUUUUCUGUUUUCACAUGCAAUGAAUGUUACAAUAGGGCCAAAAGUAGACAUGGAAUUCAUGACAGGUCUCCAUACAAUUGCUGAUGUUUACUGUUGUGACUGCAAUCAAGUGCUAGGUUGGAAGUUUGAAAGAGUUUAUGAGGAAACUCAAAAGUACAAGGAAGCUGCCUAUCCGUCCAUACAUCGACAGCUGCUCCCCCUUUUGCUCCACAUCACCUCACCCUCAGUCUCAUCGCCACGGCUGCUUUGUCCUUCCAAAGCGCUUGUUUAUUCCUCAUAUGAAUCACAACAUGAGAAACAACUACUUUGAUUUAAUACCCUCAUCUAAAUCAAACUAUGAGAAACUACUUUAAUAUAUUAAGAUAGUAAGUGGAACAAUAUCAAUUCCUGUUGUUUAUAUCGAUUUCAACUGACUUAUACAAACAUUAUUUAUUUAGUGGUUUGUAUCAAAUUUCAGUUGUUGUAUUG